CUCUCACAACCAUAUACAUUCAUUGUUUCGACGUCGGGUUUGUGUUGGUCGAAGUCGUAAACAUUCUGUAGUCUCCGUGACAUCGUAGACGGCAAUUCGUUCCCUAUAUAUUGCCCUUGGCAAACUGAUCUUUGGUUUUGUAUUUGUAAACGUAUCUACAUGGCUUCUGGAAACCGCGGAGAUGUCGUGGAAGGCAUACCGAUUAUUGAUAGCGACGGCCAACGGAGAACGUUUCUGAACAUAGCCAAUGGGAAGAUUGAAGAUAUGCCUGCAUCGCAAAAGAUGGUAUUUGAUACGCAAUCUGGAAAGUUAAUGGUUGUUGUGUCGGAGAAUAAAAGUAUUAAACUGGACAGUCGCGUUUUUAGCGAAUUUGACAAGGAUGGAUUUUUUGUUUGUGACUUUAUGGGCCGAAUCCUCAAUUGCCACGACAGAACUUGUUUCACAACAACGCCAGAGGUAAGAGAGUUUGUAUGUUUUAAUCAUAUAAUGCAUAGCUAGUUUAUUGACCUUUAUUCCACUGGCAAUUAAUACAAUUGACGGAUUCAGUUUAAUUUACUCGCUCUUCAGAUUUGUCAACUGCUAACUCUGAAGUUGACUACCAUCUGCUGUCCUGUUGCGCUUACAUAUAUAUACACGUAACUCUUCUUUCUAUAUGGAUCGUGUAUGAAUUUUAUAUUAACUCAUUCAGUAUUUUAUUCUGUCUAACGCUUAAUGAUUUUUGUACUGAUUAACAGGUAAAACUAGUUGCUGUAAAUUUUCAGUAAAGUUGUAGCAUAUGAUAUGAUAUUGUAUUUUAGGACGACAUGAUGUGAUGUGAAAAUGCAAGUGGUUUCACGGAUGCGAAUUCCUGGAAACUGAACGCCAACAAACUGCAACAGUACAAUAGUUCAUAACCGUGUAAUUUAAAUAGAUUAUAAGUAUGGGUCUUAAUCUAUAUAAAUUAAAAUUUUAUUGAUCGUAUUGCAUGGAUC